AUGGAGACCCCUUCGCCCCAGCCAGACUUGGCCAGGAAUAGGCUCCCUACCCUCUUCGAGGUGCUGAGCCGUCGCACGCUGCCACCGGUGGACCUGUUCUCGUUCUACAUCUAUAUGCGAGACCAGCAGCGCUCGGUCGACUACCUGGACUUCUGGCUCGAUGUGGCGCAGCACAUGUCGCUAUGUCGACACUACGUCCGGGAACUCAGGCGCUCGGUCAUGAUAGGGACGCCGGACCUGGACAGAGUCAGCUCCAAGCGGUCGUCGAUGAUUCUCGAGACCAUGGGCGAUCUGGAGCCUCGCAUCGCUGGCCCGUCCAUGCUCGCGACGGAGAAGGAGAAGAACCAGGAUGCCCAGCUGUCGAAUUUCCUACGUGAGGACACACACGACUCUCCCCACAGCGGCUACGCUCCCAUGAGGCCGAGUCCUCAGUUCAGCAACUCGCACGACAUCACCACCGACUCGAACUCACCAGGUCAUACCGUUGCCCGCUCGGACAUCAAGGCAUCGGCAGAGAAGAUUCUCUACACGUUCCUACUCCCUGGCGCUGAGCGUGAAAUCACCCUCCCCGGAUCGAUCACAGAAGACGUGACCAGGGCCAUUGAAGACGAAGGUCGCGAUGAUCCGGAGGUCUUCGACGUGGCCAAGGACUAUGUCUUUCAAGCCAUGGAGCGUGAUGCGUUCCCCGGCUUUCUCAGAAUGAAGGCCUUGGGUAACUUGAUCCCGCCCACUCUCGUUCUACGCCUCAUCAUCGGGCUAUUGGCCAUCUUCGGAGCCUUCUGGGCUGGAUUUGUGCUUAUCUUCUUGGACAAAUCGCGCGUUACUCGGUGCUGGGUCAUCCUCCCCUUCACAAUUGGUGUCUAUUUCCUUGCCUCUUACCAAUACUCACUGGACCCCAUAAUUGCUCUCCUCGGGUACAGCGAGUACACGCCGUUCAACUUCUCUCGCAUCAGGGAGCCCUACAUCCGCACACUGCUCGCCAAGCGUGCGCUCAUGGUCCUUGCCGUGACGGUUCUCGUCGACGCUGCCCUCUGCAUUCUGUUCAUUCUCGUGCCCGGAAAGCGGCUGUGA